CUGAUCAUCACAUAAUACCACACUUUUAGAAUCAUCCAUUAUUAUUCAUCUCCAUUAAUCAAUUAGACAUCAUGAUUAGUCUAAAAAAUGCAUCAUUUGUGUUGUUAAUUGCCAUUGGUUUUUCAUUAACCUCCACAAACUAUCUUCCUAAUUCUAUGCAGCCAUUCUUAAAAAAUAUCAACAAGAUAGGUUUCAUCCUCCAAAAAGACUACAAACCCAUGAUGUUAACCCAUCACCAUGGCCAUCAUCAUGGCCAUCAUCAUCAUCAUGAUAAUGACAAUAGUCAUCAUCAUAAACAUGAUCAUCAUCAAAAUAUAACAGUCAAUAUUUGUGAUGAUUUCCCUCCUGAUUUCCCACCUCCUGAUACCAAUACUACAUCAAUAUUAUGUGUUGAUAGUAAAGGAUGUUGCAACUUCACAACAGUACAAUCAGCUGUUGAUGCUUCUCCAGUUCUUAGCCAAAAAAGAAUCAUCAUAUGGAUCAAUUCGGGCUUGUAUUAUGAAAAGGUUAUGAUUCCAAGAAACAAACCAAACAUCACCUUCCAAGGCCAAGGCUAUGCCACUACCUCCAUUGUUUGGAAUGAUACUGCCAACUCUGCACAUGGAACCUUUUCCAGUGGGUCAGUUCAAGUAUUUUCUUCGAACUUCAUUGCUAAGAACAUAAGUUUUAUGAAUGUAGCUCCAAUGCCUAGUCCUGGUGCAGUGGGAGCACAAGCAGUGGCUAUUAGAAUUGGUGGUGAUCAGGCAGCCUUUUGGGGUUGCGGUUUCUUUGGAGCUCAAGACACACUUCAUGAUGAUAGAGGGCGUCAUUAUUUUAAAGACUGUUAUAUCCAAGGUUCCAUUGAUUUCAUCUUUGGCAAUGGAAGAUCAUUUUAUGAGAAUUGCAUGAUGAUCUCCAUAGCAAGCCCAGUUCCACCAGGACAAAGAUAUAUAAAUGGAGCAGUAACAGCGAGUGGAAGAGCUACCCAAGAUGAGAAUUCGGGCUUCGUAUUCUACAAUUGCAGCAUUGGAGGCACAGGCAGGAUUUGGCUUGGACGUGCAUGGCGUUCGUUUUCUCGUGUAAUUUUUGCUUACACCACCAUGUCUGAUAUUAUUGCUCCUGAGGGAUGGAAUGACUUUAACAACCCAAAUAAUGACCAGACGGUGUUCUAUGGGGAAUAUAUGUGUUCAGGACCAGGAGCAGAUCUGAGUACAAGGGUAGCUUACGAGCAAAAGCUGAAUGAUACUAUAGUGGCUCCUUUUCUUAACGUUUCAUACAUUGAAGCAGAUCAAUGGUUGGAGAGUUAUACUACUAAUAUUAUUGUCCAUUCCCCUACACCUUCUCUAAGUCGUUGAAAUUACUAUGUGCUACAUGAAGACAUUACGUAUAUUGGAGGGUUGUUUAAGUUCUAAAUUCGAAACAAAAAAUAUCUACUUCAGUGAGCAAAUAGCUUUGCAAGUUGUUAUUCAUAUACAAUCUUGCAUAAUUUUACCAACUAAAGUGAAGUAUAUAGCAUGUAACCAUGUAAAUAUUUUAGCGAGUUGCGACCCUCUCAAAACAAAGCUUCUUUUUAAGCAUAGUUUACACUAUGGUUUGAUGCUA